AUGUGCCGCAGGUCUGUAUGGUGCGUAGACAAACAAUAAUAAUAAGUGGCGCAGCAUCCAGCUCAAAAUAUUUACUUCUGACAUCUAGGUCCAACACCUGUCACUCAUUCGUGACACCGUGAUCAUGUAAAAUCUCAUUUCCUCAAGUCUCAAUGGAUGAUAAAUAUAAAUAAAUAUUAUUUCAUCUCUGGCAAAGCUUUUUACUUUCCUAACUCACCUGGUAUCAAAGUUCUUGUCUAUUCUAGCCUCACGAUGUCUCUCUGCAUAUUGCAGAACUUUAAGCCAGUUUUACCCCAGUAAUGUGGUUCUGUGAUUGUGUUAUAGUGCUUGGGAAUAGCCCAGUUAGCCAGGAUUCAGAGCCAGUCUGUCCUGGGAUCAGAUAAUACAUCCAGCUAUACAUGUCCUGAAUGCCAGCUCUCCUAUUGUCAAUGCACUUUACCCUCUGUGGUCCUUACAUUAGAUGGUGUCUUCCUGUCCCCUGUCUGUCCCCAAUAAUGGAUGUAGUGAUUAUUUGAUUUGUCCCCUGCCUCUAACCUGGUGUAGAAUGAGUCCACACGCUCAGCAUGUGGCUUUGCUUUCCAUGCAUUGAGCAGUGCUUCUAUUCUGUUAAUAGAAGAAACUGACAUGCAUGCAUGGACCUGCUUACUAAGAGGGAAUUACUGGACCCAAUAUCCAAAUGCUCCUGUUAUAUAUAUCAGCUCUCCCAUGUGAUAAUAUAUUAUAUAUAUCAGCUCUCCCAUGUGAUAAUAUAUUAGAUAUCAGCUCUCCCAUGUGAUAAUAUAUUAGAUAUCAGCUCCCCCAUGUGAUAAUAUAUUAUAUAUCAGCUCUCCCAUGUGAUAAUAUAUUAGAUAUCAGAUCUCCAAUGUGAUAAUAUAUUAGAUAUCAGCUCCCCCAUGUGAUAAUAUAUUAGAUAUCAGAUCUCCCAUGUGAUAAUAUAUUAGAUAUCAGAUCUCCCAUGUGAUAAUAUAUUAGAUAUCAGCUCCCCCAUGUGAUAAUAUAUUAUAUAUCAGAUCUUCCAUGUGAUAAUAUAUUAUAUAUCAGAUCUUCCAUGUGAUAAUAUAUUAUAUAUCAGAUCUCCCAUGUGAUAAUAUAUUAUAUAUCAGCUCUCCCAUGUGAUAAUAUAUUAGAUAUCAGCUCUCCCAUGUGAUAAUAUAUUAGAUAUCAGCUCUCCCAUGUGAUAAUAUAUUAGAUAUCAGAUCUACCAUGUGAUAAUAUAUUAGAUAUCAGAUCUUCCAUGUGAUAAUAUAUUAGACAUCAGCUCUCCCAUGUGAUAAUAUAUUAGAUAUCAGCUCUCCCAUGUGAUAAUAUAUUAUAUAUCAGAUCUCCCAUGUGAUAAUAUAUUAUAUAUCAGCUCUCCCAUGUGAUAAUAUAUUAGAUAUCAGCUCUCCCAUGUGAUAAUAUAUUAGAUAUCAGCUCUCCCAUGUGAUAAUAUAUUAGAUAUCAGAUCUACCAUGUGAUAAUAUAUUAGAUAUCAGAUCUUCCAUGUGAUAAUAUAUUAGACAUCAGCUCUCCCAUGUGAUAAUAUAUUAGAUAUCAGCUCUCCCAUGUGAUAAUAUAUUAGAUAUCAGCUCUCCCAUGUGAUAAUAUAUUAGAUAUCAGAUCUACCAUGUGAUAAUAUAUUAGAUAUCAGAUCUUCCAUGUGAUAAUAUAUUAGAUAUCAGCUCUCCCAUGUGAUAAUAUAUAUAGAUAUCAGAUCUCCCAUGUGAUAAUAUAUUAGAUAUCAGAUCUCCCAUGUGAUAAUAUAUUAGAUAUCAGAUCUCCCAUGUGAUAAUAUAUUAGAUAUCUGUCACUCUCUGCAGUGGUUCCCAGGCCCCGCCCCCGAUUCCCACGUGACUGGUUGCCGGGAAUCUCUGGAGCCUCACAGGAAGUCUCGCGAGAUUUGUCGGCGGUUGCUAGGAGAUCGGGGACGCUGCACCGAGUAAGUAAAUACCGGGGAGAGGAGCUCGGUACCGGGGGAGAGAGAGGGAGAGAGCCUGGUACGGGGGGGGGAGAGAGGGAGAGGAGGGAGAGGAGCUCGGUACCGGGUGGGAGAGAGGAGCUCGGUACCGGGUGGGAGAGAGGAGCUCGGUACCGGGGGGGGGGUAUAGAGGAGGCUGGCAUUGCCUGGCACGGGUGGUGCUGUGACUGGCAGGACGUUAAUGCCCAGUAUCCAGACCGACAGAUAAUAUACAACUUCCAGUUUAACCCAGUCAGUGCCACGCUCCCAGUGUGUGCCCAGUCACCGCCACGCUCCCAGUGUGUGCCCAGUCACCGCCGCGCUCCCAGUGUGUGCCCAGUCACCGCCGCGCUCCCAGUGUGUGCCCAGUCACCGCCGCGCUCCCAGUGUGUGCCCAGUCAGUGCCACGCUCCCAGUGUGUGCCCAGUCAGUGCCACGCUCCCAGUGUGUGCCCAGUCACCGCCACGCUCCCAGUGUGUGCCCAAUCACCGCCACGCUCCCAGUGUGUGCCCAAUCACCGCCACGCUCCCAGUGUGUGCCCAGUCAGUGCCACGCUCCCAGUGUGUGCCCAGUCACCGCCACGCUCACAGUGUGUGCCCAAUCACCGCCGCGCUCCCAGUGUGUGCCCAGUCACCGCCGCGCUCCCAGUGUGUGCCCAGUCACCGCCGCGCUCCCAGUGUGUGCCCAGUCAGUGCCAUCCCAGUGUGUGCCCAGUCACCAUGCCGCUCCCAGUGUGUGCCCCAAUCACCGCCACGCCAGUGUGUACCCAGUCGCCGCCAGUGCGCCCCAAGUGUGCCCAGGCUCCCAGUGUGUUCCCAAUCACGCCCCAGUGUAUGCCUAUCACCACCACGCCUCCCAGUGUGUGCCCAAUCACCACCAGCUCCCCAGUGUGGUGCCCAAUCACCGCCAAGGCCCCAGUGGUGUUCCCAAUCACCACCUGCACGCCCCAGUGUGUGCCCAAUCACCGCCCCCAGUGUGUGCUCCAUCACCGGCCACAGUGUGUGCCAAUCCUUGGCCCAGUGUGUGCCCAGUCACCGCCAGCCCCAGUGUGUGCCCAGUCACCGCCACGCCCCAGUGUGUGCCCAGUCAUGCUCAGUGUGUGCCCAGUCACCGCCACGCUCCCAGUGUGUGCCCAGUCACCGCCACGCUCCCAGUGUGUGCCCAGUCACCGCCGCGCUCCCAGUGUGUGCCCAGUCACCGCCGCGCUCCCAGUGUGUGCCCAGUCACCGCCGCGCUCCCAGUGUGUGCCCAGUCACCGCCGCGCUCCCAGUGUGUGCCCAGUCACCGCCGCGCUCACAGUGUGUGCCCAAUCAGUGCCAUGCUCCCAAUUACCCCAAAUAGAAGCCCCUCUUAAAUAGUUUGAAUUGGGCCAGAAUGUUCCAAUGGUAGCCCCAAUUUGCUCAGUAUCAGUACUCCAGUAUUAUUCAUAAAAGUGCAAGGGGAGGGGAGGCUGGCUGCUGAUGCACACUAUAAUGUUUCCCUAACACUAUAGCCUUCCUUUAAUUUGAAAUUCUCUUUGAUUUCUCACUUUAGUUAAUAACCUUAUAUGUGUUAUGGUAAAACGAUGCAUGCUGUGAUACUGAUUAUGUAUGUGUGCUUAUUUUAUAUAUAUUUGUAUGAAUAAAGUGUGCAGAAUUUAAUUCAGAGCUCUAUAGGUAUUAGUGUAGUGUGCAAAUACACUGUAAAGAUAGUUAUUUGGGAAUCUUCUAGUAAGAUGUUGAAUGGCAAUAGUUCCCUAUAAAACGCCCUUCGAGCUUGUAUAUCCUAUAACAUAUUAUUAAUACGUUACUAUAGAAAUCAUUAUUACCUGCAGUCAAUAGGGGACAAUUUGGGACAAGCAAGUUUAACAUUAGUACUACUUAGUCCAUUCUAAUAGAAUUGUAAUUAAACACUGCCACCUCCUGGCUACAAGUUAUACUGCACUGACAAUAUCUACCAAAUUUCUGGGGAUGUUUUAUUCAAAAGCAGAAAUAGGGAGCUGUGUCUGGGACAGAAAGCUUAGCGGCCAUUCUAGGUUAGCGAUAGGAUGGGACGUUAACGACACUUUAUGUUUAUUGAUGCCUUGGGAGGUUAUAUAUUAAGACUGGCAAGUUUACAUAAAUGGAUUAUUUGGUAAACUGUCAAUUGUGGUAAAUAAAAAACUGAAUAGCAGAGUCUCUCUCUCCCUCUCUCCUUUCCCCCCCCCCGCCCAUGAGUUGGAGCAUUUAUAUCUAUCCAUUUGUCAGGGCUUACCUUAGCCAGAUAUUUGUGCUCACCCUUGCAGAUAUAGACAGUCCAAGGUGAUAAGGUUAGAAACCAUCAGGACUGUGAAUCUGUGCACGGGGACUGUGCAUGAAAGGUGUUUCCAAUACGCAGUACAGACAAUGGCAAAUCCAGAAGAGUAGUCAGACACAGUUCCAGGGUCAGGGCAGGCAGCGAACAGGCAAAAAACGACGAUCCAGAAGCAGGGGGGUCACAGGCCAAGUCAGUCUAUAAGCAACAUUAAACAACAAACCAACAAAGUUCCCAGGCGAGGGAGUGCUUUUAUAGCAAGCUAAUAAUGACCUGCUUCAGGUGGGCUUAGAUAGACAGGGGCAGCCACAGGAAAAAGUCCAGCCCCCAGUGCUGGAGACUAGGUGAGGGUAAACAUAGGCAGAAAUAAAAACUGAAGUGUGGCCCAGAGGCAAGACAGCAGAAAGAGUCCAGAGUUCAAAUUCCCUGUUGGACACUUCUGGGGUGACCACAUCUGGAUCACUAUUUAACCCUAUUUUAUGCCAUUAAGUCCAUUACAUACUAACUAGGUUAAUCAGUGAAUAAAAAAAUGUAGCAAAUUAAAAUUCAAACUGCAAAAUUUAUGUAAGAUUGAUCUUCAUCAUCAUUAUAGAUGAGUUGCUUUAUAAAAAUUUUCAAACUCUGCCACAGUCGCAGCCAGUAUUAAUUUUGUCGACUGGGCCUGGGAGGAUACAAAGAGUCACAGAGGGGCUGGUGAAGGGUCAAAAGAGACAGAGAGAGGCUUUAACUAAACCCAAUAGAUUUUAGUUGUGCCGACUAAAAUCUCCAGUAGUCUAUUCAGAUGACUAAAAUAUUACUGAAACUAAAAUGGCUUUUUAGUCAAAAGACUAUGACUGAAACUAAAUUGAAAUUUACUGCCAAAAUUAACACUGGUCACAGCUUGAAUAUUUUAAUAAUUAGAAUUGUAAACCCAUGUAUUGUUGUUUAGUUUAUUUUUUUGUUGAUUAUCAAAGAGCUUCAUUGCUGAAAGUAUGCGAUACAAUCACAUUUCUCCGUAUACAAUGGGUAGCACAUCUCUAGUAACAAGUAUCACAUCGUUGUACAUACUGUAAGGUCAGAAAUGUAUCUUCUUAAUAAGUACAAACAAAACAUUAAGUAAGCAAAAAGAAAUUAUUUACAAAUUACCAGGUGAGUGGACAAAUUAUUCAAUGUAUUGUGAGUAGAGCAAGGCCGCGUCACCCCGAGAACAUAUCUCAAAACCCUGUGUAUUGUCUUUAUUUUCCUUUAAAUUCAUUAUAAAGUCAGCAAUGAUCAGACGAGCUUCCAUCGUAGAUGUCGGAUGCAUUACAGGGCCGCUGUAAGGUUUGUUUAACUAUAACCUGUAUUAGUGUCAAGCACUGUUGUACAAAAUGCAAUGUGAUCUCGGUUAACUGACAUCACCUAUAGGAGAGAGAGAUGGUAAUAGGCCAUUAAUCCUGAAAGCCUUUUCCUGCACCAUUGCUUCUAUGACAGUCUUAAUGGGAAAUGGACUGCUUCUAUGUUUUCAGAGCUGUAACCAUGGAGAUGGCACUCCCAGAUGGAAAGACUCAGCAUCCCGUACCGGUACAGAUCACGGUUCUCAGAGCACACUAUCUGGUAAUACAUUCAAUAAAUAACUAUUUCCAUUGUCUUAGUUUGACUCACAAAUAACAUCUGGUGUGUUUGUCACACAGUACAUAAUCAGCGGAGACACCGCUAAUACACUAAAUAUGUGCACGUUCUGAUUGGGACAUUACCAACAUCAUGUUCUGCUGGUGUUCUGAUUCUUCUUGGUUAUAUUAAAGGAUUAUUCCAAUCGGGGGUGUGGGGGGAAAUGUGUUUUAAGAAAAAACUGUUUUCGGUUAGAUUGACCCUUCAUAUCCUGGUUCCCCUUCCUCCCAAAAAGAGAAAAACAGCUGAAACUUACCUCCAUUCCAAUGCUGAGGCCAUGUUUUUCCUGCAGCAGAUCCUUCAUUGCCGAUGUUACGCUGGAGGGAAGGCGGACAAAGGGGAGGGCAGGGGUGGCAUUGUGUGGGGGUAUGCCACCUUUGUUGUACGUGCUGACAUUAGACAUUGAAUAUGCACAGAAUUCACAUUAGCCAACCCAGAUCUCUUGUUCUGGGCUGGCCAACAUUGCUCCAAAGGAUAGAGUGGUGUUGACUUACACCUCUGGUGUCAGAGUGGUUAACCUCUGUAACGGCAGCAUUCACAACAAAAUCAUUGAAGUGGUCAUGGUACAUGGAGUAACCCUUUUCAAAUUAGCAAUGGCAAUAAUGUUUUACAUAUGGGCCUAGUUAAACAUAUUUUAUGGGCUGCUACCAACCACCAUUCACCCCACCUAGCAUUAAUGCAGAGUGUAUUUAGUAACUUCCAACUGGCUACAUUGCUGUAGAUAUAGGUUAAAUCCAGUUAUAAACAAAUCAUUCUUUGUUAAUAUAUUCUGUCUCAUGCAGAAAGGAGUAAAAAGUGACUUUCCAGUAACGUACGUAAGGUCAGAGUUUAAUAAUGUCCUUCUCGGGGAUUCUCCAAAACUUGAAUCAUCGGUGGAAAAAUCUACAGAAUAUAACUUCACCUCCAGUUUUGAUGUUGGACCUGAUGGCCCUCACAGCGUGGAUGAUGUGGCCUAUAAACCUGUUGUCUGUAAGUCACUCUCCAUCUCGUCAUAGUCUAGCUGCUAUUAGAAGUAUUACAAACCAUUUCUAAACGAUAUGAUCACAUUGAUUGCUGUCCCGUAACUUAGCGUUUUGGGGCCUCUCUUCCAGUAACCGUGUUGGAGAUCUUGCCCAAAGAGAAGAAACAGAAAGAAGAGAAGACUGUGGUUUUGGGGCAAACAACUGUGAAUUUACUCCCAUUGCUAAAAGGUUAGGAAGAAGAAAAUGUGUAAUUUGCCCUGAGCAAGGCGAUGCACUAAGACUUCAUCUUUCUAAAGGAGCAAUAUCAGCUUCUAUGCAAACCUUCUGCUGUCAGUAUUACUUGAUUAGAUACUCUUUGUGGUUAAGAUAAACUACAGAUUUAUUCAACCAUGAGUUUUAGAGCGCUGACAAGGGAAUUUCAAGUUUUAGACCCCAAAAAAUGCUAUUCCUGGUCUAUUGAAGGAGGCCAAUUUCACAGUCCAGUGUUGGAUUGAAUGUCUGUGCUGUGUUUCAGGUGAAUGUAAUGUGAAGGUUACUCUCCCUAUUCACGCUGUGCCCGGCUCACCUCUGGAAACUGCUCGCCCAGAAAGCAAGGUACCAGCCUGUGUUAGCUCUUUAUAUAAAGUUCUGUUUAAGGAUAAUCUGACAGUGUACAUACAGCACUUUCAUAUCAAUUAAAUAAUGAAUUUCCCGUCUCCAGUGUUUUGAAUAUAUUUAUACACACACAUCUUUUUUUACAUUAAUGGCCUUUCAGCUGUAGCCUAAUCAGGAGAAAGUAGAUUGAUCAACCUGCAAUUGUUUGUGUAUUUUUCUCUAACUGGCGUGUAUUUUAUUCUUGCGUUCUAGCCAAGUUUAGAGGUGGCAGUGUCCAUCCCUGAGCCUCUCCUCUCCCAGGAGCAGAUAAAUAAGGGUAAUCUGCUUACAGUAUCCGUGGAAGGUGCUUAUUCUGUCCCCGAAUCCUGGAACUCAACAGGGCCUCAGUACAACUAUGUGGCCAGCCUUCACAUCCCUGCAGCAGGAGAGGUAAUGGGUAUAGAGAUCAGUGUGUCUAUAGGUAUUGGCCCACACAGCAGGAGAGAUAGCGGGUCUAUGGGUAUUGGCCCACACAGCAGGACUCGGAGAGGUUAUGGGUGCAGCGAUCAGUGUGUCUAUGGGUAUUGGCCCACACAGCAGGAGAGAUAGCGGGUCUAUGGGCAUUGGCCCACAAAGAAGAAGAGGUAAUGGGUCUAUGGGCAUUGGCCCACACAGAAGAAGAGGUAAUGGGUCUAUGGGCAUUGGCCCACACAGAAGAAGAGGUAAUGGGUCUAUGGGCUUUGGCACACACAGUCGGAGAGGUAAUAGGUCUAUAGAUAUUGGCCCACACAGCAGGAGAGGUAAUGGGUCUAUAGGUAUUGGCCCACACAGCAGGAGAGGUAAUGGGUCAAUGGGUAUUAGCCCACACAGCCGGAGAGUUAAUGGGUCUAUAGGUAUUGGCCCACACAGCAGGAGAGGUAAUGGGUCUAUAGGUAUUGGCCCUCACAGCCGGAGAGGUAAUGGGUCUGUAGGUAUUGGCCCUCACAGCAGGAGAGGUAAUGGGUCUAUGGGCAUUGGCCCACACAGCAGGAGAGGUAAUGGGUCUAUGGGCAUUGGCCCACAUAGCAGGAGAGGUAAUGGGUCUAUGGGCAUUGGCCCACAUAGCAGGAGAUGUAAUGGGUCUAUGGGCAUUGGCCCACAUAGCAGGAGAGGUAAUGUGUCUAUGGGCAUUGGCCCACAUAGCAGGAGAGGUAAUGGUUCUAUGGGCAUUGGCCCACAUAGCAGGAGAUGUAAUGGGUCUAUAAGUAUUGGCCCACAUAGCAGGGGAGGUAAUGGGUCUAUGGGCAUUGGCCCACACAGCAGGAGAGGUAAUGGGUCUAUAGGUACUGGCCCACACAGCAGGAGAGGUAAUGGGUCUAUGGGUAUUGGCCCACAUAGCAGGAGAUGUAAUGGGUCUAUGGGCAUUUGCCCACACAGCAGGAGAGGUAAUGGGUCUAUGGGCAUUGGCCCACAUAGCAGGAGAGGUAAUGGGUCUAUGGGCAUUGGCCCACAUAGCAGGAGAGGUAAUGUGUCUAUGGGCAUUGGCCCACAUAGCAGGAGAGGUAAUGGUUCUAUGGGCAUUGGCCCACAUAGCAGGAGAUGUAAUGGGUCUAUAAGUAUUGGCCCACAUAGCAGGGGAGGUAAUGGGUCUAUGGGCAUUGGCCCACACAGCAGGAGAGGUAAUGGGUCUAUAGGUACUGGCCCACACAGCAGGAGAGGUAAUGGGUCUAUGGGUAUUGGCCCACAUAGCAGGAGAUGUAAUGGGUCUAUGGGCAUUGGCCCACAUAGCAGGAGAGGUAAUGGGUCUAUGGGCAUUGGCCCACAUAGCAGGAGAUGUAAUGGGUCUAUGGGCAUUGGCCCACAUAGCAGGAGAGGUAAUGGGUCUAUGGGCAUUGGCCCACAUAGCAGGAGAUGUAAUGGGUCUAUGGGCAUUGGCCCACACAGCAGGAGAGGUAAUGGGUCUAUAGGUAUUUGCCCACACAGCAGGAGAGGUAAUGGGUCUAUGGGCAUUGGCCCAGGUAGCAGGAGAGGUAACAGGUGUAGAGAUCAGUUUGUCUACGGGUAUUGGCCCACACAACAGCAUACAUAAAUUAUCUUUGCCAGAACAGCGCCUCUAACAGUUUCUGUGGAAGUGAACCUAUAUCUAAAAACACGUUCAAAUACAUUGAAAAGAACAUUUUACCAAUAUAUGGUUUAUUCUCUAAGCUGAGAAUUAUGGAGAAUGGAAAAGUGAUGUAUUAAAAGUCAUACAAUAUAUUAUAUCCAUGACAUCACAUAAUGUAUUCGAAUCACAUUAUAUGAUAUAUUAUUUCACUUCACAUAAUAUCACAUUACAAAAUAUGACAAGUGAACCCCUUGUACAGGCAUUAACCCUAUGUAUAAGCACAGUGUAUUGCAAUAUACCAUCAUGACUGUGCUGGAUGGUAGGUAGAGGUCUUUACGGUAUCAACCCAUAGAUUAUUAGUAUUAUAUGUAUCAGUGACCUAAAGUUGGAUAAGUCCCCUCUAUUAUUUUAAUCAGUGAUGCUAAUGCUUGUAUUAAUUGCUGUGUGCAGAAGCCACGUACACUCCUGUUCUCUAACGGAGUUCUGAAGCCUGGUGGAGAAAUGGAGACCAUUCCCCGUCCGAAGAAAUGGCCUGUGAGUGGAAUUAUGGCGACAGAGGCUCAGUAUCUCCCAGAAUCCUUUGUUCCAUCCAGCUCAUAUGAAGCGGAAGAUGGAGAACUUAACCGGAAGGAGGUAAUGAGACGUUUAUCUGUCUGGGCAAGAAUGAGUCAAGGUUAUUCAUUAAACAGUGAAUCGUUAAAGCCAAAAUGAGCGGGAAAAAUAGCUGACAAUGAGAUUCUUUCCAGUUCAAAUAUUGAAAUAAAAUGUGACGUUUCCUGAUGAAUUCCCACAUAGUUAUGCUUUAAUGAAUGAACAUAAAAUGUUUUAUUCAAUGAAUACAAACGCAGUUACACUGUAGUAUACACAGUAUUGUCAGUGGGGGUUAGGUAGAAAAAGUAUCCCAUUCACUUUUCUUGCAGUUUUUCUACCACUCUCCUGUUUGCAUAUAUUUAUUACCUUUUUCUGUGUCCGAACUUUCCUUUGUACACCUUUUUUAUCAUUUUAUUUUCUUUGCAAUUUUUUUUUUUUGUUCUCAAACUUAUUGCUUCCUUUAUAUAUAUAAAAAAAAGAGUUGCGGGAUUUCUGUGACAGGUAAGCAGCUUACACAUUCUUGUUUUUUUGUUAAAUAUAUUUUAAAAAUCCUUUGGAUUCAAUGGACAUUUUCCCGUAGAUAUAUUACUCAUUUAUCUUCAUACACAUGACUGGCACGAUAACAACUGUUUGUAGCUGCUGCAUUUUUUCCCAAUCCCUGUUCCUAUAAUGAGAAGAGUAAAGGUAGACAGGACAGGGAGCUCUUAUGAUGCCUACUAUACCCCUGUAACAUUUCAACGGGUUAACCAGGAAGUGAAGCCCAUGAUUUAAACCUCAUUGCAUUUGCAGAACAAUAACAACUAUAAAAUAUGGCAUGUUUAGAAAAGAAAACCAUAACAAUAAGCUUAUAGUAUAUUGUAUUAUUUUGAAAAUAAAAAUGAUGACAGUCACUACAGUGACAGUUUAAUGGUUAUAAGGUCUCAUUGGGGAUAUAUUUGUCAUUUAAUCGACACUUUUUGCCAACUGAACAGGACAAGGAGUUCCGGAGAGACGCUGAGACCAAUAAAAAAAGACUAAUGUGGGACAUGGACAGACGUUGUUACCUUGAACCAUCAGCACUGAGCAGGUGACCAUUCAAAUCUCGCGUCAUCAUUUACACUAAAAUGGGAACUAACCUGAAUUUUAAUCAUUUGCAUUUUUUACGUUCAUUUAUAAAACUUGGAUUUGUGGAGAACUGGCAAGGGAGUUGCAAGUUUUAUGUCAAAAAAGGUAAAUUGGAUGAAUACUAAAGAUGAAGAUUUUUUUAAUUCUUCUAAUUUGGCCUAACAUUUGAAAUUCCCCUGCCAGUGUCUAACCUGCUUUGUAUUGUAUCGUACAACUCUGCAGAAUGCCAUGUGCUUUGCCUUUAUCAGCUAAAAGCUGUUGAUAAUUUCUUGCAGCCUUCAGAUGCGCAUAGCUGAAUGCCGCUAUUGGCCUGUGGAAAUAAUGAGACUUCCUAUUGCCAGCACCUCCAAGGCAAAAACAGGCAGAGCCGACAAAGUAAGUUUCAUACGUCCUUACCCUAACCGAAAUGAUUCCAAUGCAGAAAGACAACCAAAAUGUAACAAUUGUAGGAAUAAGCACAUCCCAUAAUGUCUAUUUUCUUCUUCUAAGUAUAUCACUGAUAGCUAGAACCCACCUGUUUAAUCACUCCGAGGCUUUGAAAGUAUCAUGGGAGUUGAAGAUACCCAAAGGUUAAGGUAGUGAAUGUCUUUUGGAAACCACUGGAGAAAAUAUCAGCCAUAUACGCGUUGCUGGGAGGGAAGGGGUUAAAAUGCUUACUCAGUACACUGUUAUUUGAAAAAAUGUGUAUAAUUAGCAUUGUUAUAAUAAAUUCUCUAAACUAUUAUCAGGGUGAAGAGGAUUUUCAGGUCUCUUUCCAUGGGGUGGCUUUCGUAAACAUGGUUCCUCUGCUGUAUCCUGGCAUUAAAUCACUUCGAGGUGCGUUCCGCGUCUUUCCUUACGCAGAGACCGAAGUAUUUGAGAAGGUGAGAGCCAGGUUCUAGAUUGACUAGUGAAACGAUAAAAAGUCCUAAUUAAAACAUGUAUCUUACAGUGUUCAUGGACUCCCUGCUUACUGUGAGUGAUCAGUUCCGGAUUUAAUCACUUUUCCACUAUAGUAGUCAAUAUGGACAUUAUUAACCGCUUAUUGCUAUAUGGAGAAAUCUGAAUGGCAACUUCGAGUGAAGAUGGAAUUAUUCUCUUUGUGGAACAAUUUGCAAUCUCUCAAAUAUGAACGUACAAAGCCUUGGUAUCUUGGUAUAGUUUCUGUACAAAGCCAAUGAUGAAUAAAGCACAUUGAAAGAAAAAAAAAUGGAAGGACCAUGGUUUAAUUCUAGGUGCCUACAAUAUUUAGCGGCUGCCAUUGGGUUUAUUCACUGAACUCUGAAUUGCAGCGAAUUUAGACCAAAAUUGUUGAUUUGGAAAAACAAUAUUCCAGCUUGACUUAUAAGACUAGCCUCAAUUUGAGAAUUUAGAUUUCAGUUCACAACCAGACUGGGGGAUUUGUUCACUAAACUCCACAUGAUAAACACCCAAUAAACCAUGAGAAGAUUUUUUGACUGUAGUCCUAGUAAGGUGCAAGAGCAGAGGGGCCACUGAAAAAACCAUUGUAGUUCUGCACCAGCUGGAGCAUUCUGACCUGUUGUAAAGCACAGUAUGUUCCUUUUUACAAAUCUAAGAUGGCGGCUGCCACAUACAGCAUAGCCGGCACUCAACACGAAAUCUCACAGAACAAAAUAUAAUCAGCUUUGGACAUUCACCCCUCUGAGAGCUUUUAAUCCAAGACUACUUUUUAUCACGCUCAUCCCUCUAUAUCUCUAUUCUUUUAUUUUCUGGGGGGUUUUCUAGUCUAUUUAACACUUCAUAAUGUGUUCCUGUGGGUUGCAAUUAUUAUUAUUGUUAUUAUUGCGCUAACAUAUUCCACAGGAAUGUGCAACGUAAAUCUGAAAUCACGAAUGUUAAUGUAAUCUUAAACAAGAAGGGAUGAUGGUGCUUCUCAAACAAGGUUACCAGCAUUAUAAAAUAAUUAUUUGUAUCUGAUGUUACUUAUUGUACAUGGGUAUUUCUGCUACAUGCUAAUUUAUUACCAGUGUUGGAAUUAUGGGUUUAUAUUUAACACAUGAUAAUAUUAUUUGGGUUGUCAUGGCAGCAGCCUUUCUUGAAGGGUAAAAUGGUGGCUCCCAGUCAUUUAUUAAUUUUUUUACCAUUAAUUCCACCCAGACAAAGUCUCAGGUCAGCGUUCUUCGUGACGUUGUACGGCAAUCAGCUUUGAUAAAUAAGCCUGCUGCUCCUCAAGCGAACAUCGGCUCUCCCCAUGUUCGGCAGGUACCUAGUCGCACCUUGAAAGACGAGAAAGGCCCAAAGGAAGCCGGCAGAAGGGUGAGCUUAUUUGCUUGUCAAUGAAGAAGAGAUGAAUAUAAAUGGUCAAAUAGCUUGCUUUUGGAUGGUUCAGGAACUUGUUGGCAUUAGUGGGAAUGCAACUUCCUAAAAAUGCUACCGCUAAGUAAAAAUAAUGUCUGUUUAUGGGAAUUAUACCCAUGUAAAGGUGACUCAGUUUCAAUAUGUGUUAGUGCAUAUCCCCCAAAUGCAUAUGUAAAGCUAUCACAGAACUCUUUUUAUAUAGGGGGCAUUACAUUGUGUGUUGUUAAUGCAUUAGCAUGACACUGAUUCUCAGAAUUCCGUGUGUUUAUGCAGAUGUCCGCUCUGUUGAAGGCAACAGAUUUUACAGGAGAUGGAGAAGGGGUUCUUCCUGUCCUGCCACAAAAUGCCUCUCAAAACCUGGAAGGGCAGGUAAAAACCUACAAAUACUACUAUAAAGAACUGUCAUUAUCUGUCAGGAAGCGUGUGAAGGAAGGGGCAAUGUGUUGGUAAAGUAAAAUUGUGGCCAGUUUAGCUUAUGUUAGAUAGACUUCCUACAAUAGAAAUAAUAUAAGUAGUAAUGUUAGUUUUAAAAACAAUAAUUUCUGCGUUCAUUAGGUAACUGAAGGAGACUCCCCCAGGACUUUCUUUUCUAUUGAACUAAGCAUUUUCACUGACUUUGAUGGGUGUUUAUAAUAUAAACCAAGUUGUGGUCUGCUCCAGCGUAGUGUCCCUUUAACCCUGCGUUGGUCCACUUUACUCAGUUUCUGAAACUGGGAGCAGACCUGCUGAGAAUUUUAUCAACACUAAUCAACUGCCUCGAAAGGACCCAUCAGGCACCCACUCGUGUUAGGUUACAGUUAAUUCUGCUGAGUGGGAUUUAUUAAUAACUAGAUUGUAAGCUCUUUCAAGCAUGAACAUCAACCUAUUGAUCCUGUAACAUUUUUAAUUAUUUCAUUUAUUGUUAAAUCUCCCUCUUUAUAAAAUUAUAAAGCGCAGCGGAAUAAGUUGGCGCAAUAUAAAUGCCAAUAUCAUUGAUAAUAAUUUGUUUUGCUACAGAAGCCCAGCGCUUCCCUGUUUGCUCCAAAAAUACUGUUGACGUAUUAGGUUUCUGGGAGUUGUGGUUCAGCUAUUGAACUACAAGUACCUGAAACAUUUGCUAUGCCCACAGAUACUGCUUAUAGGAAAAACUCUGCAAUGCCAAAGAAUAGUUAAGUGAGCAUCAUGAUUGGUCGAGUUCACUUCAAAAGUUCAGGGGAUAAUCCGCUAAUGGAGGGACUUCAAAUGUGAGGAAAGUUUUAAAUCUCAAGCCACAGCUAUUUAUAAUAAUAAUAACAUUAUAUUGUAAGUAACAUAUCCGACACGGUAAUGGAUCACGUCUCAGUGGGUUUAUUUACGAAUCUGGCGAUUAUUGAGAAUUUACAGAGAAAUUAAAGAUUUUACGCCAAACUAGAUGAACUGCAGAAAUGAUACAAUUCAUGUAUUUUGCUCGGAACUAUGCAAUGCCCUUGUCAAUUCUCCAGAAAUCGGUUAUUCUUUUUAAUAAACCCCUAUAUGGAAUUCAUGCCAAAUGUAGCAGGUUUUUCUGAUUGGCGACUCUUUUUACGUCCUAACAGCAAUACACAGAGGCAGGCACAUACAUUUUGCUGGAACUGAGUCUGGAGAAAGCUAUGGUGCCGAAGCGUUCAUCAGAAGAGCUGGAUAUUAAGUGAGUUACACAGCCUCUUAUUUUACCGGGAACAUUAGUGAAAAGUUAAAGAGACACUUUCCUAGCCCCUGCUAAUUAGUGCAAAUCAACGAUAAGAGUCCUUUUAUUUAAAAAAUUGUGGGGGAUUUUUCAAUUUAUUUAAAUGUGUUAUCUGUCUCAGCUUAAAUAUUAAAAGGAAUGCUUAUGAUAUACAUUUAGCAACUGCUCUAAAUGAUUUAGAGCUAUUCUACUUUUCUGUAAAAAAAAUAGUCAUUUAUUGCUUUUUUUAUUUAUAUGGAGUUUAUAUAACACUGUCAAGUUAUUAAAACAGCAUUUAACUUUUUAUUAUCCCUACUUUGCUUUACAUCUGAAUGUAUUCCCUGUUCAUAGAGUAAGGGAACUGCUUCCUCCACGGCCCCAGUUACCUCGACGGACAAUGGGAGCACAGAAGGUAAGCUAGAAAAUUCAAAUUCAGAGCAGAUCUUCAAAGCAGUAGGCCUUAUUGAGUCAGUCCAUUGACAUCGUUAUCACUGAAUCACUGUGCAUGCUAUCCAUCGACUUUAUUAAAUCACUGAGACGUUCUGCCUAAUACAUUUCUUUUGUCGUCUGUUCAGGCAGUCGCAGAUUAUCAGAAUCAGAUCACCAGCAUUACCAACUCAUUACUUGAGGAGUACUGGCAGCUGUUUGGGCAGGAGGUGGAGAAUGGACAAGAGAUAGAUAGACAGACCUUGGAUGAACAAAAAAGCCAACUCAACUAUGAGCUGAAUUGCUCUGGGAAAUACUUUGCAUUUAAAGAACAACUUAAGGUAGCUACAUUGUAAACGUCAAAUGCUCAAUCUCUAUAUUCAAUAAAACUGCCAAUCAAAACAGCAGCGAGACAUGCUGCAUCUGACAUCCUUUUCUGAUAGGAGUCACCUCAAUCUCCAACGGAGUAACCCAAAAGUAAAUACCUGGGGGAAGAACUGAACAUGCCAGUUUCCCAAAAAACAUCACGUUUAGCUUUUUCGGCACUUCUCUUGUUGGGCACUCAGGACAUUUAUCCUCUUCUGUCAUUCCUGAGAGAGAACUCCCAUUAAUCUAUAAAUUUCUAUUCAAUGAGAAUAUUUUUGGCAGUUUUAAAUUUUGUAGAGAAAACAGGUUAUUUAGUUCAGAUUUGCAGUCUGUAUCAGUGGCUCCCAACCCGCUCCUAAAUACACCCCAGCAGUCUAGGAUUUAGACAUUCCACAGUUCUAUACUGUCCUACAUUACACCUACAGACAUAAAAAAAUGGUAUAACUGUAACGGUUAAAAACUGUUUAGGCGAUAUUCCCCUUUUCAGAUGCACAGACAGCUACUGCAAUCACCAAUCUCCCAAACUGCAAACACAUGAAUUCACCAGUCUCCCGAACUGGAACCAGGGGAAUGCUCCAAACUCCCGAACAGGAAACACACAAAUGCUGUAAACAGCCGAACAGGAAAAACCACACGAACAGUUUACACUCCUGGCAGUCGCACUGUAACAGCAUACAAUCCAAUUCCCCCCAAGAACGAGACGACACUUCGUUUGAGGGUCAAGCAGAACUGAUUUACUGGGGCUACCUGCCUGGCUUUUAUGCAGGUCUCCCACCUGGUGGACACUCCCCUAGGGGACCAAAUGGAAGACUGGGAAACAUAUUGGACAUUGACCAAUCACAAGCUUACAAUCCCACAAUGCAUCACAAUCCCUCCUCUCUGUCCUUGAGAUAAUUGGGAAGUAAUCCAAUUAUCUCCAAGGACAGAGGCAAAACUCCAUUAACCACAUGGCAGACAAAGGACAAUAAAAGACAUAAAAAUACAUACUGUUACAUUUAUCACAUAGAACAUACACAUUCUACCUAUCCCCAGAUAGCUUAGAUCUGAGCGCACAUUACUACCGGAUGGCGCUCAGAUCACAUACAUACAGUUCAAUCGCCAUGGAGCCAAAGGCUUUCAUACAGUCUUUCAGCAUACGGCUGGGCUCCAUGGCAUAGCUAUCUGGGGUAGCAUGGUUUAAACAGUAAAGUACCGAAUAAACCGUUGUUCGGAUAAUUGACUGCAGGUAGGAGAAGGGAGGUCGGCGGCUCAGCGGUGUUCGUGACUUUAACAGUCCGCAGAAAGGCAUGAACCAGCCUUUCUGCAGGGAAAGAGAACAGUGUUAAACAUGGGGCCAUAGUUCAGCGGCAGGAGGCGGGCGACCAGGCUCCUCCAGUGGCCAGUGGUGAGGUUGGUCCCGCCACAAUAACUUCCAACAUUUUAAAUGGGCAUAGUGGGACCCUGUAAUAUUAGAGGUGUGGCCGGGGCAGGGCUGUUCUGAGACAUUUUAGGAGACUUACUAAUAACAAUUUAUCAAAAAAUUGGAAACAUACACAAGGGACCGGAAGGUAGGGACAGGUAAAAAUACCCUGCCUCUCUCCCUUCCCCUGGGUAAAUAUGGUCACCUAAACUGGGUAAUAGGGGAUAACCCAAGAAAUAAUAAAUUAUAGAAUAAAACUUCCAAAAGAAGCUGCCUUACUAAAAUGCAGCCAAUAGGAAAGGAACCCAGUCCAAUCUCAAAAGAAAGUAUAAAUAAUACCAAAAAAAAAAAAAAAAAUAAUAAUAAAACUUUAUUAGAGUAUAGUAAAAAAAAAAAUAUAUAUCUAUAACAAUUUAUAGAAGUAAAAUGUAAUUUAGAACAAGAACAAUGUAUCCUACUUACACAGACUGAUUUCUAAACACAUUUAUUGCUGUUUAAAGACACUGUAUUGCUGUUUUAAUACUGGGAGUAUUAUUGCUGUGGGGCUCUGUUAUACACUCAGACACAUUACUGGGAGUAUUAUUGCUGUGGGGCUCUGUUAUACACUCAGACACAUUACUGGGAGUAUUAUUGCUGUGGAGCUCUGUUAUACACUCAGAUGCAUUACUGGGAGUAUUAUUGCUGUGGAGCUCUGUUAUACACUCAGACACAUUACUGGGAGUAUUAUUGCUGUGGGGCUCUGUUAUACACUCAGACACAUUACUGGGAGUAUUAUUGCUGUGGAGCUCUGUUAUACACUCAGACACAUUACUGGGAGUAUUAUUGCUGUGGGCUCUGUUGUACAGGCAGACACAUCACUGGGAGUAUUAUUGCUGUGGAGCUCUGUUAUACACUCAGACACAUUACUGGGAGUAUUAUUACUGUGGAGCUCUGUUAUACACUCAGACACAUUAUUGGGAGUAUUAUUGCUGUAGAGCUUUGUUAUACACUCAGACACAUUACUGGGAGUAUUAUUGCUGUGGGGCUCUGUUAUACACUCAGACACAUUACUGGGAGUAUUAUUACUGUGGAGCUCUGUUAUACACUCAGACACAUUAUUGGGAGUAUUAUUGCUGUGGAGCUCUGUUUUACACUCAGACACAUUACUGGGAGUAUUAUUACUGUGGAGCUCUGUUAUACACUCAGACACAUUACUGGGAGUAUUAUUGCUGUGGAGCUCUGUUAUACACUCAGACACAUUAUUGGGAGUAUUAUUGCUGUGAAGCUCUGUUAUACACUCAGAUACAUUACUGGGAGUAUUAUUGCUGUGGAGCUCUGUUAUACACUCAGACACAUUACUGGGAGUAUUAUUGCUGUGAAGCUCUGUUAUACACUCAGACACAUUACUGGGAGUAUUAUUGCUGUGGAGCUCUGUUAUACACUCAGACACAUUACUGGGAGUAUUAUUGCUGUGGAGCUCUGUUAUACACUCAGACACAUUACUGGCAGUAUUAUUGCUGUGGAGCUCUGUUAUACACUCAGACACAUUACUGGGAGUAUUAUUGCUGUGAGCUCUGUUAUACACUCAGACACAUUACUGGGAGUAUUAUUGCUGUGGAGCUCUGUUAUACACUCAGACACAUUACUGGGAGUAUUAUUGCUGUGGAGCUCUGUUAUACACUCAGACACAUUGCUGUGAGUAUUAUUGCUGUGGAGCUCUGUUAUACACUCAGACAUUAUUGGGAGUAUUAUUGCUGUGGAGCUCUGUUAUACACUCAGACACAUUACUGGGAGUAUUAUUGCUGUGGGGCUCUGUUAUACACUCAGACACAUUACUGGGAGUAUUAUUGCUGUGGAGCUCUGUUAUACACUCAGACACAUUACUGGGAGUAUUAUUGCUGUGGAGCUCUGUUAUACACUCAGACACAUUACUGGGGGUAUUAUUGCUGUGGAGCUCUGUUAUACACUCAGACACAUUACUGGGAGUAUUAUUGCUGUGGAGCUCUGUUAUACACUCAGACACAUUACUGGGAGUAUUAUUGCUGUGGAGCUCUGUUAUACACAGACACAUUACUGGGAGUAUUAUUGAUGUGGAGCUCUGUUAUACACUCAGACACAUUACUGGAAGUAGUAUUGCUGUGGAGCUCUGUUAUACACUCAGACACAUUACUGGGAGUAUUGUUGCUGUGGAGCUCUGUUAUACACUCAGACACAUUACUGGGAGUAUUAUUGCUGCGGAGCUCUGUUAUACACUCAGACACAUUACUAGGAGUAUUAUUGCUGUGGAGCUCUGUUAUACACUCAGACACAUUACUGGGAGUAUUAUUGCUGUGGAACUCUGUUAUACACUCAGACACAUUACUGGGAGUAUUACUGUGGAGCUCUGUUAUACACUCAGACACAUUACUGGGAGUAUUAUUGCUGUGGAGCUCUGUUAUACACUCAGACAAAUUACUGGGAGUAUUCUUACUGUGGAGCACUGUUAUACACCCAGACACAUUACUGGGAGUAUUAUUGCUGUGGAGCUCUGUUAUACAUUCAGGCACACCAAUACAGAGCUCCUAAAAGAGAGGGACAUUAGGAUAGAAAUCACAUCAUUUCUGGUAUAUGUAAUGUGUUCUCUUUUAUUGUUGCAAUAGGGAACAUGGGUUACAUGGAUGUGAUUUUGAGCAUUAAUAUCUUUAUGUCUCUAUUAGGUACAUACCGAUGACUACCGUUGUGUUAUCAGUAUGUUUUGUUCUUGGUAAACAUUUUUUUUUUAUCACCAUGGCAACCGCAAUCCUACAGAGGGCAUACAUUAAUAUAUAUUUAGCUUUUACUAAGAACAAGCCUUAUACAGGCUGUCUAUAUCGUUUUAGUUCACUAUACUUCUCAAUAUUAACUGUGUGUCUGUAAUAAUGCAACAUGUAUCUGUAUGUCUUCAGCAGUAAGCAUUUCAUCUUCUUUGUGCUUGUUAAAAUUAAAAGAUUUGUAUUCUCUGCUUUGAAUUAAAGAGAUGAGUUGGAAAUUUCCCCCCUUAGAUUCAUUAUUUUGGCCUGAGAAUUCCCUUACAAUGUCUCUAACCAGUUCCUGCUUUAAGAAAGAAACUGGUUAACAUAAUACUUUCAUACUAAGCACUUAAAGGGAACCUAUAUUCCCAAAAAUAGCAAUCUUUUUGUUGUUGUUGUGAUCUCUGUUGACCCCUCUUUGCUGCUAAAGAGUUAGAAUAAAGUGUAUGUACAUAUCUUGAUUCCAGCACCAAGACACCUCUGCUGGAGCUGCCUGCUCCACCUCUGCCAGCAAACCUGCUGACAUCUUCCACUAUCUCGUCCAAUCCAAUACUACCCUAGAUCCGCAUGUGCGGUAAAUCACCGCGCUCCCCCAUGAGCAUCAUUGGAUUGAAGGACUAAGUUUUACUCCAGUUUGUUCAGGAAGACAGCCACUAGAGGGGUAUUAAGGAGGUGCUGCACUUGCAGGAUUAUGACACAGAAUGCCAAAACCCAGAAUAGGAUCUUUCUGAAAAAAAACAAAAAAAAAAACAAUGGAAGGUGUUAACUAGAUUGGCUUAGGUUUGGAACUAAUAUGUAUUUUUGGAAAUUAAGUCAAUUUAAAUAAAAAUGGCUUUGAAUCAAAUAAUGCAAUAAAUAUGCGGGGAGAGGAUUUCUGAAAUGUUCUCCUUUUUGCAGCAUGCGGUUGUGAAGAUUGUGAGGGAGAAAUACCUGAGGACUACGGCUUUUGAAGAUCCCGAGCAGCUGCAGACAUUCCUGAGUGAGCUAUACAUCUAUCUGGUGGAUCAGAUGCACAUCACCCUAAAUAAGGUGAGUCCGACUCCCAUCGCCCUGAAUAGGUAAAUCAGGUGCACAUCACCCUAAAUAAGGUGAGUCCGACGCCCAUCGCCCUGAAUAGGUAAAUCAGGUGCACAUCACCCUAAAUAAGGUGAGUCAGACGCCCAUCGCCCUGAAUAGGUAAAUCAGGUGCACAUCGCCCUAAAUAAGGUGAGUCAGACGCCCAUCGCCCUGAAUAGGUAAAUCAGGUGCACAUCGCCCUAAAUAAGGUGAGUCCGACGCCCAUCGCCCUGAAUAGGUAAAUCAGGUGCACAUCGCCUCUAAAUAAGAGUCCGACGCCUAUCGAAUAGUAAAUCAGGUACGCGCCUCUAAAUAAGGUGAGUCCGACGCCCAUCGCCCCUGAAUAAGUAAAUCAGGUGCACAUCACCCUAAAUAAGGUGAGUCAGACGCCCAUCGCCCUGAAUAGGUAAAUCAGGUGCACAUCGCCCUAAAUAAGGUGAGUCAGACGCCCAUCGCCCUGAAUAGGUAAAUCAGGUGCACAUCGCCCUAAAUAAGGUGAGUCCGACGCCCAUCGCCCUGAAUAGGUAAAUCAGGUGCACAUCGCCCUAAAUAAGGUGAGUCCGACGCCCAUCGCCCUGAAUAGGUAAAUCAGGUGCACAUCGCCCUAAAUAAGGUGAGUCAGACGCCCAUCGCCCUGAAUAGGUAAAUCAGGUGCACAUCGCCCUAAAUAUGGUGAGUCAGACGCCCAUCGCCCUGAAUAGGUAAAUCAGGUGCACAUCGCCCUAAAUAAGGUGAGUCAGACGCCCAUCGCCCUGAAUAGGUAAAUCAGGUGCACAUCGCCCUAAAUAAGUUGUCCGACGCCCAUCGCCCAGGUGAAUAAAUAAGGUGAGUCCGAAUCGCCCUGAAUAGGUAAAUCAGGUGCACAUCACCCUAAAUAAGGUGAGUCCGACGCCCAUCGCCCUGAAUAGGUAAAUCAGGUGCACAUCACCCUAAAUAAGGUGAGUCAGACACCCAUCGCCCUGAAUAGGUAAAUCAGGUGCACAUCACCCUAAAUAAGGUGAGUCCGACGCCCAUCGCCGUGAAUAGGUAAAUCAGGUGCACAUCACCCUAAAUAAGGUGAGUCCGACGCCCAUCGCCCUGAAUAGGUAAAUCAGGUGCACAUCACCCUAAAUAAGGUGAGUCCGACGCCCAUCGCCCUGAAUAGGUAAAUCAGGUGCACAUCACCCUAAAUAAGGUGAGUCAGAUGCCCAUCGCUGUGAAUAGGUAAAUCAGGUGCACAUCACCCUAAAUAAGGUGAGUCCGACACCGAUCCAUAUUAAAUACCCAAACCUGUUCAAAAUAGAAUUUCUGCAGAUCGGGGACAGAUAUAAAUGGUUGUACUUUAUUCAAACGAGAUAAGGGGGCAAUCAACUCUUACCGUUAAUUUGAUACUGUUUGUGACAUCAGCAGACUUCAUAUUUUGUACUCUAUAACGUCACGGGUGAUAAAUAAAAUAAAUGCAGCCUAAUAAGAAAACUUAAAGCUCUCAUAAAGAGUUCACACCAAAAAAACAUUAGAUACGUCUUCUAAGAAAAAGAUCUCUGAUGUCCGUAUAGAAUUAACGGAAAAUAAAUAUAUAACAACCCAAAUAUAUUAAAUCAUAGCAGGUCAAGGACAACGCCUGCCUGGAAACUAUAUUCCGAGUAGAUACAAUAAUAUAUAGAGUAAUGGUUCUAAAUACAAUAUUAUAUAAGGUAAUGCUGCUACUUUACACAAUAAUUUAUACAACAAUAUAUACAGUAACAGGACUAUACACAACACUAUAUACAAUACUCUACACAUUAUACUGUAUACAAUAAUGCAUUGUGCAUUUUAUGCUUUAAACAUUUUAAACAAUAAAAAUAACUUUUGCAAACCGCAGACUUUGUUUGAAGACAGAGAAGACCCCCCACCUCCUCCUAUGAGCGACCCUGAACAACUAUACCGCUUCGCCCAGGAAGCAGAGCUCAAUGAAGACUUUACACUGGCCGAGCUUUACUACCAGGAGGUAACAAAACUGUGAUUUCACUUGGAACAGGGCAGCGAUCACACUGGGGUUUCAUAGAAAGUGCAGCCAUGUUUAUAUAGUGACUUGUAGUAAAGUGAACUCUGAAUGGCCAAUUCUGGCUAUAACAGCAGAGCUGUGACUAGCUGAGAUUGACAGGUUUUCCACAUCCACUAGUUUGGCUGAAGUUUUGCCAUUUAGACGUUAAUUCCCUGUAAUUCAGUGUUUAGUGAACAAAACCCACGUGCUAUUUUCACAAUUUAUGCUACAAUAGUCAAAUGGUAUAAAUUCUCCGAACCAGGGAUGCUUUCACUUCACUAUCAAUCCCCAACAAUUCACACUCUAGUGAAUAACCCUGAGCUGUUAGUUUGUAUUUAUUUUAGAUAUAUUAGUUAUUAUUAUUAGAUUAUUAUUUAUGACUAAGAAAUAAUGACUGGUUGAUGAUUCCUUCUACCCUUACAAGGAUUAUGUUAAUUGUAUUAUAUAAAUGUACACGUGUAGGGUCAUUUGGGAAUAGAACCCCAGACAGAAAUGGGAUACGGCUGUAUAAUCUAUAGAGGGAACAUAUAAAGGAAAAAACACAAUAGUGUGAUACAGUAAAUACAGUGAAUAGUGCGCUUAAAUGGAUGCACUCACAAGAUGAUGAAGAUGAAAAAGCAUUCAUAGGGUGCCUCCCCAGAUAGCAUAGGGGGCUAGUGGUUUCCCCUAUCCGAUGUAAGGCGACCAAUGGAACACGGGACUCCAGGUUAGUAAUAGUAGAAAAGCAAUACUUUUAUUUUCUUAAAAGGUGAACAAGCACCAUAAGAAUAAAGGUUUAAAAGUGCAGCAAUAGGUCCAACGCGUUUCGUUCAAGACUAGAACUUCAUCAGGGACCGCACAGUAAAAAAAUCACAGACAAUAUCAUAGAUUGUAAAAUAACAUCCUACUUUCCCCUUAACAAAAUCUCUAUAUAUAGGGCUAGUCCCAAAGUCCCAUUGGUCCAUAGUGUAGGAGUAUCCAGUAGCCAGCCAAUCAUCUAUCCAGGGGUAUUGUCCUCCAGCUGAUAGUGUUUGGGUAGUUUAAAAAGGGCGCGUUCAAUGUAAAAGCCGAAACCGGAAGUGGAUGUCUGCCUUCACUUCCGCGUUCCAUUUGCGUUCCAUAUGCGUUCCAAACACGCUCCAAAUGCGUUCCAAAUACAUUUACUGCUCUUUUUCAACUAGAACAGCGAGGAGCCAACAAUAUAAGUGAUCAUCAAAAGGACAAAGCCCAAAAGUGUUAAAUGCAUUAAAUGUAAUUAAUCUUUAAAAGAAGAAAAGUGAAUUAGUGCAUGUAAUAUACAACAACCAUGUUAAGAUAGUUAAUAUGGAACUUCCCCACAUAUUAUAUAUAUGACAAUAUCAUACACCAUUGAAUAGUGCCAUGUAUGUCUAUUUAAAGUGACAAACAUCUCAUUAUUCAAAAAAUAAGAACACAAAUAAUAUAUUCCUAAAAAAAGUUCCCUCAAUAUCAAUAAUAAUCAUUUUAAACCAUAUAACCUGCAAGGUACACCUAACUAUAUAAUAUAAAGAUUUUUUUUUUUUUUUUAUUAUAUAAAUUAUGAAUUGUAUUGAUUAAAGACACUUCUUUUUCCCUAUAUUUAGACUGCCAGAGCUCCUCAUAUUCCCAAAGAUACUUAUGGAAUAAUUUACAUAAAGGAGAAGAAUAACCAAAAAAAUCAGUCCAAGAAACACACCAGAUCGAUCCCAAUAUUCAGGCCCCUAGGUUCAAGGGUCUUUAGUUUGUGUAUCCAAAAGGUUUCCCUUUGGGAUAACUUUUUAAUCCUAUCACCUCCCCGCCAGUAGGGAAGGACAUGUUCGAUACCCAUACACUUGAAAUCUCUAAAGGAGAAGGAUGGACAAUUACUGCAAUGGGCAGAGACUGAAUGAGUAACCAGUCCUUUACGUAUAUUAUUUAGGUGUUCCAAGAUCCUGACUUUCAGGAUACGUUUCGUGCGUCCCACAUACUGUUUGCCACACGGACACUGCAGUAAGUAUACUACAUAGUCCGUGUGGCAACCUAUUAAUGAUUUAAUCUUGAAAGUCUCCCCCGUGAUAUGGCUAAUAAAUUCCUUAGUUCUCCCCAUAGAGGCGGUGGUACAUGCUUUGCACACAUUACAUCCCCUAAAACAACCCGAUUCAGGGGAUACAUUAGAACUAUUCAUUUUAAUAGCAUAGCUAGGGGCUAGCAUAUUUUUUAAGUUCUUAUUUUUCUUAAAUAUCACCAUCGGGCGUUCAGACAAAGAAUUACCCAAAAUGGGAUCCUGUUGUAAUAUGGGCCAAAAAUCACUUAGGCUCCUUUUGAUCUUAAAAUGAUCCGUAUUAUAUUGGGUGACAAAGGCUGAUUUAAAAUUCUUAUUCCCAACAGUAUUAGGAGGUUUAUCCUCCAGGAGUUUGUUCCGUUCAAGGAGACCAAUUGAUCGAAUUUCUUUUUCUAACGUAUUCUUAUUGUAGCCCCUUGCACAUAAUUUAUUUUUUAUAUGGGAAGAUUGAGUCUGGAAGUCUUGAGGGCGAGAACAAUUGCGUCUCAAUCUGGUAAAUUGGCUCCGUGCUAUGCCCCUAAGCCAAGGCUUAUGGUGACAGCUUUGUUGGUGUACAAAGCCAUUCCCAUCUGUUGGUUUAAAAAAAACAUUUAGUUUGAAUUUGACCCUGAUCACAAAAAAUAUCAAGAUCCAAAAAAUGGAUCUCAUGUUUAUUCCACUCGGGGGUGAAGACAAGAUUGUAUAAGUUGGAAUUUAAAUAUUGAACAUAAUCAGAAAAACUAUUGGAGGACCCCUUCCAAAUGAUGAUCACGUCAUCGAUAUAGCGCCGCCAGAGCACCAAGUUCUCCCUCCAGUCAUGCUGCGACCACACGAAUAAUUCCUCCCAUCUACGCAUGUAGGUGUUGGCAUAACUGGGGGCGAACCUGGUGCCCAUGGCGGUCCCUGUGAUCUGUAGAUAAUACUGAUCAUUAAAAAAGAAAAAAUUAUGUUCCAAAAUAAAUUGUACUGAGGUCAAUAUAAAUUCCUUUUGACCUUGAGAUAGGUCCUGAUCUUGGGACAUAUAGUAAUCAAGAGACUCCAAUCCUAAACAAUGACUAAUUACCGUAUACAGAGAGGUCACGUCUAGCGUGGCCCAACUGUAUUCAGGGUUCCACUCAAUGCUGUCCAGUUCUUGUAAAAAAGACUUGGUAUCCCGUAUAAAGGAGGGCGCCCCUUGGGCGUACUUUUGAAGGAAAGAGUCCACAUACGCGGACAGAUUAGCAGUGAGCGAGUUAACUCCACUGAUAAUAGGGCGACCUGGUGGAUCAGGGAGGCGUUUAUGAGUGGUAUAAAUUCUCCGAACCAGGGAUGCUUUCACUUCACUAUCAAUCCCCAACAAUUCACACUCUAGUGAAUAACCCUGAGCUGUUAGUUUGUAUUUAUUUUAGAUAUAUUAGUUAUUAUUAUUAGAUUAUUAUUUAUGACUAAGAAAUAAUGACUGGUUGAUGAUUCCUUCUACCCUUACAAGGAUUAUGUUAAUUGUAUUAUAUAAAUGUACACGUGUAGGGUCAUUUGGGAAUAGAGAGGACUUGACAGAGAAAUUGCAGUAGUUUGUUAAAGGGACACUAUAGUCACUAGAUCAACUACAGCUUAUUGAAUUUGUUCUGGUGAGCAGAAUCAUUACCUUUAGGCUUUUUGCUGUAAACACUGUCUUUUCAGAGAAAAUGCAGUGUUUACAUUACAGCCUAGUGAUAACUUCACCGGCCACUCCUCAGAUGGCUGUUCGAGAUCCUUCCUGGGUCAUGGCUGCCUAAAAUGCAUCCGAACAUUCAGUAUCUCCCCCCUCUGCAUGCAGACACUGAACUUUCCUCAUAGACAUUCAUUGAUUCAAUUCAUCUCUAUGAGGAGAUGCUGAUUGGUCAUGGCUGUGUUUGAAUUGUGCUGGCUCUGCCCCUGAUCUGCCUCCUUGUCAGUCUAAACCAAUCCUAUGGGGAAGCAUUGUGAUUGGAUCAGGCUACCACUUCUGCUGAUGUCAGCAGGCAGUUGGCAGAUCUAAAGGAAACCGUGACAAAGCAUGCAGCUGCAGACUUGAAUACAAGUAAGAUUUUACAAGAUUUAGGGAGGCAUGAGGGGACCAGGGGGACUAGAUGGUGGUUUUAACCCUAUAGGGUCAGAAAUACAUAUUUGUGUUCCUGGUCCUGUAGUGCUCCUUUAAAAAUAAGUAAGGUAGAGGAGAUUGUUCUGAUCCGGCUGUUUUGUCUUUGGAUUGCAGACUCAUAGUCAGUUCUAUGACAUUGGUGGAUUAGUGGAUAUUACUAAAUAUGACCAGAAACCCUCUAACAUUUCUGUUCAUCUCCAGAAAGCAAAGUAUAUACCUUAGGAAAAUGAAACAGAGCAAUUCAUGUAGUUUUACAAUGGUAGUUUCAACCACAAUAGGAAAUGCUUUUUAUUCUGCUUAUUGAUCCUUACGUCACACUAAAAUGAACCAGUCCUGACAAUCAGAUAAUUGUUAGUUUACAGAUUGAGUGUAUUUCUAAGCAGUGGUGAUGCUGCUGCUGCUGUUGCUAUAGUUACUGUUCUUAUAAAAUGAUGUUCAGUAGUGAUAAUGGAGCAUCACCUGUAAAGAAACUUGCACUUGUAUUCACCAUUUACUUCUUUAAUAGCGGUGAAUGAUAAAAUGAUGACUUGCUGAGGUUAAAAUCACAUGUAUGUUUAGGUACGCUGGCCACCUACCCUAUGCCAGGAAUUCUAUGUGAUCUGUCACUGUUACCUGCUAUGAAUGGAUAUAUUAUAUGAAAUCAUUGGAGGGGUUCCCUAUAUAAAAUUUAUAGUUUAGGACGCCCGUUUCACGGUCAGACCUCCUUGACACUGGCUGCCACGGUGAGGUAGCUGGGGCACACUUAGGCUGGUCACUGGUCCGAUGACUAAAAUGGCAAUCCCAUAGUCCUGAAACACUUUGAGAGGAGGUAGGGAGGAGGAUUUAAACAGGCAGAGCAGGGGCCUGUAGGUAAAUGCCUAUUCUGCCUAAUGAGAAAGCCGGUUCUUGUCUUAAGGAGGAAGUGCCUCUAGCAACUGUCUGACUUUACAACCAGUAAAGAUGUUUUUUAGGCAUUGUUGUUUCUCGGAAAUGGCAAUGUUUUACAUUGCUAAACAAUAGGGACAUAAUCUAUUCACCAAAACUUCUACAUUAAUAUUGUGUCACCUGCAGGGAUUUGCAGGUGGAGAAAUCUAGACACUUACUUACAUACAACGUAUAUAGGAAUGAAUCAGACUGAGAGGUCAUUCCGUCCCUGCUAUCAUUUAUACAAACUCUAUGUAAAAUAUACUGCGAUUCUUGGAAAUGAUUUCUGGAGCUGUGACUGGUUCAGAGUGAAUCCAUUCCACAUGUGUUAAUUCUCACUUAACUCUCGAAGACUAAACAGGAACAGAUCGGGGCACUCGCUGUCAGAGAUCAUGUGCAACCUGAGAAUGUAUAAUGUGCUUCUCCUGUCCCGGUCUUUACAAGUAGAUUUGGAAAUCAUUUUACUUUGUACAGUAACACUCACUCCAAGAUCCAUUGCAUGCAACUACUAUAUGUGAUUAUUCUCUAUAUAAUGUCACUCUGUGUGCGGAGAAAUACUCUAAAUACUUUAACUACUUACAUUACCUGUGUUAAAUAUGUCCCUAUUUUUCCUUUGCAGAGACUGGCUCGUGACAGUCAGAGUGUUGGUCACUGGCUGGAUUAUGGCAAAUUUAAACUCCUGAUUGGUGACCCUAUUAAGGCCCAGGAAUGUUUCCACGAGGCACUGGUUAGAGACAGGAGCCACCUUCACAGGUAUUCAGUUCUGACUGUUCUCCCAACCAUAUAGAUGGUCAGCACUGUGCAUUGUCUGUAUGCAGCGUAUCUACUGAUACCCAGAUGUUAACUAAAGGAAGUCAUCAAUAGGGUAACACUGGGAGCUGAGGUUGGGAAGAUACAAAUAUCUCACUUUAAGAAGGACAAUUCUUCUUUGAGACCAAACCUCUCUGUCCCCCUAGGCAUCGUAUUAAGGAUUGUAUCACAGAGCUCCACAGCAAUAAAACUCACAGUAAUACAUAGUGUGCAUAAGUGUAUCAUAGAGCUCUACAGUAAUUAAACUCACAGGUCUUGUUCUAAAUUACAUUUUCAGUUCCCUAAAUGAUUGUCAGAAAGUCAUGAAUUUGCCCAAAAUGUCCUGGAAUAACCCUGUCGGUGGCCAAACCUCCAAAAUCAUCAGAUCACAAUUCCAUUUUGUAUAAUAUUGCUUUUCCCCUGUCCAGCUUGUUACUCUGUGGCAUAAUGGCAGUUCUGAAUGGAAAAUAUGAUGAUGCUGAAGUUUUCUUUGAAGACGCUACCUGUGUGGAUCCUACAAGUACCUUAGCGCGGACAAUGUUAGGUAAGAGCUCCUCUUAACACGUUUGUACACUGAGAAGGAUCUAAGCACUAUGAUCUCUAAAUUUUGCCUCCUCAUCUUAAUCUAAUGUAUAUUGACAAGUCCAUUCAUAUUCAGUUCUGUCACCCUCUCUGUGUACCUCUUAGCAUAGGGUCCCAGGAUGCAUGUAUUGGACAACUUAAACCUUAAUAGAGAGUAACCCCCUCCAUUUAGAGGAUGGGUUCCUUGGAAUGAGGCCCUCUUGCUGAGAUUGGUACCGAUAAGUAGUAUAUAAGUCUUCAUUUAGAGGGGAACUCCAACCAAAAAGAGGUAAAGUUACAGGGCUUUAACUCUGUUUGUGUAGUGUUUCAAACUGUAACAAACUCCAAGCAUCCUCAAAACGUAAAAUCACUGAGGUGUUCAUGGUGCCUGGAAUAACCCUUUAAACUUCAGCCCUCAAGAAGACCGGGCCAGGAAGGAAAAGACAGGAACAAGACAGGACCCAAGCUGGCCAUCACAAAUUCCAUUAAAACCAACAUCAAUCAGGAACAUUACAUAGUUGGGUGAACAUGAAUAAAAAUGUUUUGUUUUUUAAAUUUCUAUUGAUUGGCUUCAAUGUCUGUGUUGCUCAGCCAAUGAGAGAUGAAUGUGCUGACAUGAAUCACUUUCUACAUAUUAUAUGACUCUUUCUUGUUGUCACUGUGAACAUGGCUUUGAAGUCCUAUACAGAUAGUAAGAGGACGUAGGAUUCUCAAAGUUAGCUCCAUUCUUAUGGAAUAGGCUGCUUCCCCCAUCAGACUUUCCUGUAAUCUUCAAUCCUUUAAGAAGUCUUAUCAAACUCAUCUUUUCAGGCCAGCCUAUAGCCUCCCGGCUAAUGUUGACGAGGUCACAUACCAGUAAGGGAAGUCAGAUAGUCGUCUUAUCCAAUUUGUGUUUUAAUACAGGAGUCCAGAUUAUACACUCCAUGGUCAGAGUCCGGUAAUACAAUAAGGGCCUGUACAUGAUCCGAGAGAGGGUCCAAAUAUAACAAGUCGAUUAGAAUCUGGUGUAGCAGCCUGAGGCAGUUAUUAAAUAAUGAGGAGGUAGGAACGUGGAAACAAUCUGUAGGUUUGGAGUUGGUGAAAUGAGAGGUAGUUUUAUAGAGAGGUUCUUUCAGAAUUCAGAGGUUUUUUAAUUGUGGUGGGGCCUGUGUAAGGAAUAUCUAGGAAGGAGUACAGAGGUUAAAGUGGCAAAUACGGUUAGCAGUUCGACACAGUUAUUAGUGCAAGGAGAUCCUAGCGGGUUUAUUUAAAUAGACUGAUGUUACAUGAUACCGCCAGGAUUCCUACAUUAUGUUACAUCAGCAGAGGAAAAGCGCAUUUCAUCAACAAGACAUGCAACAUGUUAAAGCUGUCUGCCCCCUGUCUUUUAAUAUAUAAUUGUAAAUCACUGCUGAAUAUGUUGGCGAUAUAUAAAAGCCAAUAAUAAUGUUUGGGUGAUAUAAUACCAUCUCUGGAUUCUGGAGACCUUUAUACCUUAAUGUACCACCUGAUCUUUGAGCUUUGUACUUGGCAUUAACUGUUUACGCUUAUACUGCAGGGCUGUUUUAUGAAAUCCAAGGCAAUGAUAUCCGGAUGGAAAUGGCUUUCUCCGAUGCUAACAAACUGUGCCAACCCAAGGAAGCGAGCGAAAGGCCUUCACCUGCAACAGACACUGUAGACCCUGAUAAUGCGCCAGUAGCAGAGGAGGAAACCAGCGAAAAAGGUAACAUUAAUUGAGACGAGCCCUCUCUGGUUCCUUGUUCUGGCUGGGAACCACUGCUGUCCAAUAGGCAUUCUGUAUUCGGCAGUUGGUCUCCUUUGUUGCUCUGGAGGAAAGAUCUCCCCAAUGAACAUCCUUUUCAGAAACCUAAAUAGCUUACAAUUCUUGUUGUCCUUCAUGUUUGUGUUCUUUCAAGCCCAUAAAAUAAAUACUUACAUUUUAAACUCCGUUUAUAUUCAGCGCCGAGUGAGGUUCUUCUCCUCUCUUUCCAUGCCCGGCCAUGACUCCGUCUCUCCGAGGUGCUAGAGAGGCAUUUGACUGGAUCGGUUUUCCAGGCUCAAAAUUCAUGUAAAAAAAAACCAAAAAGGAUCAUUUCAGUAAAUGGAGGGAGGCGGGGAGGAAACGCAGGAGGAAGGGAGGUGACAUUGAAGCUUUUCCUUGCAUGCGCGCUACCUGCAAUGGUAGAAGAUGAAUAUGUCCAGCGCACUGACAACAGACGUCAUUUUUGCACAGAAUUAUUAUUAGGCAGUGCUAACAAGUCCCCGGCACAAAAGUGCAGAUUAUACUCAAGCAGAAACACUGCACAUUCAGGUUUCUACCACAAUGGCCACUUGUAAAAGCAGAAGUGGUCAUGGUGUUGGAUUAACCCUUAUACAUAAUUUGUUUUGGUGCAACUGAUUGUUAUGGUCUCCCGUGUUACAUGGUAACUUAUCGUGUGAUGCAUAUUCUGUUCUAGGAGCAUCUGCCAGCGUCAGCACAGACAGCAUCCCACCACCUGAAGCCCGCAGUAUUUUCAUGGAACUGGCACAAUUCCUGGCACAGGCUAAUGCCACGCAGGUCAGAACCUUAUCCUUGGGAACCUUGGGUACUGGUUAACCCUUUGCAUGCCUGCAUGGCCGUACAUACUGAAAGGGAUAAAGAAGACAGUUAAACAUGUUUAGAUGAUUUUCAAUAUCAAAUACCAAAAUACCACUAGCAAGUGUCUGUACAAUGUUUUAAUAACUGUAUCCCUGUAGUGCUUUUACCUCCCAGUAAUGUGCAGGCAGACAGGAUUUGAAAAUAUAAAGCUUGAUGUUUUUCACUCCUCCAAGCCAACAUAAUAUGGGCGUUAAAGCUGCUUCCGUACUCCUAGGUAAAUCCAGCCGAGUUACUCCUCUGAAAUUCUGUUUGUUGUACAGUGUACAGACGGGUGCCCCUUAAGAUCAAUAUUACUCCCAAUAUCCAAGCAGUGAUUUCACUUAAAAUAUAAUGAUUAUUGCAAAAUAUUUCAAAUCGCUGGCAGUCCAUCAUAGGAAUGGGGAAAAGAGAUAAAAUACAAAGAAAUAACCUAAUGAAUUUUAUAUAUACAACUGUACAUAUUAAUAUUUGAUUAGCACACCUUAGAUUAAUACAAAUUCUGUUGUUUUUUUCAUUGUUUUCAACCUCCUUUUUUGUUUUUCCUGUGACUUUAAAUAUUUUCAAUUAAAAUUAAAUUAUUCUCUAUAUGCAGUUUGUACACAGGGCCCUGGCUCAUGAGUUACUCUGUCCGGAUGGAGACCGGAGCUGCAAAUACCGCCUGCUGCGAGCUCAGAUGCAUCUUCAGAGAAAGGAGUUUGAAGAAGCCAAAGAAAACCUUGAUGCGGCAUUGCAGGUUGACUACCAGGUAUACCUGUUAACCAACUGUCACUAUAACUAACUGUGAUAAAGGCAACAGUUACUCUUACAGUGACACAGUGCCAGAACUGGAAAAGUCUCUCUUUUUUAAAAAUGUUUGCAGGUCUGUGAUUUGUUUACAGUUCCAUGCCAUUCUGUUUAUGAUUGGUAGCCAAUACUGGUAGUGGAGAGACUGAAAGACUCUGGUUGAAACAUACAGAUAUUGUAGACCGUAUAUUCAGAUUGAUUAAUAUAAUUCUCUGCUUACUGCGCAGUGCCCAGAUAUCUGGGCUUUCCUUGGACACCUGCACAUCCAGACCGGUAACAGGAGCGAUGCUCGGGACUGCUACGAACACACACUGAACCUGGUAGAUGAUGCGUCAGACAUGCACCCGGUCUUUCUGCGUCUGGGAUCCAUUUAUCUGGAGGAAGGAGAGGUAACGUUGAGAUAUUAAGACAUUUAUGUCAGUCUAUCACUGGGGUCAAUCCUAUUCUAGCAAAAAUCGAAAUCUCCUUUAUGUUAUCUUUCUGUGAAUGAUACAUACACGGUUAUUUACUAAAGGGAGAAUUUAAAGUAUAUUAAAAUUUUAGGCCAAACUAGACAAGCUUAAAGCACAGCUGACUUCAAGCAUUUCCCAAUUUGUCUGUUUACAUUUUCAGUUUUAGUAAAUAACCCUGAUAGUGUAAUCACUAUAAACUAUGUAAAAGAAAAACCUCCCCCCUAGAACUUUAUGUAAAAUGUGUUAAUUUAUAAAAUGUUGACAAAUGUUCAAAACAAAACAAACAUGCAGGAAAGAACUGUAUUAAAUGAAUAGGUCCUCCCAGAUUCCUCAGGUUCACAAAUUAUUCUCAUCGACAUCAUGCGUAAAAUCAUCCUGACUAUUCAUUUCUUUAUUUUGUAUGAUGAUAAAAACCUAUUGCCCCAUAGAGUGAAGCUAAUGUGAUUUUCGGGACCCAGACUUUUGUCUCUUUGUCACAGUAUGAAAAAGCUAAGAAGACGUACCUGAUGGCCUGUAAACGAUCCCCUACAUGCCUUAGUUGGCUGGGAGUUGGCAUCGCGUGCUAUAGGGUAAGGUUUAUCAAACUACAUUAUUUAAGAGUUAACUAUGGUGCUUUAACUGCCAAUGUUUUACACUAUGUGGUGUAAAUCUAAUUGUGUUACUCAGAUUGUUUGGCACCUUUUGAACAUGUGACAAAAAAUGGAUUGGAGGAUGCCCACUUUUGUUUCCGAAUAAAUCCCAUUUUUCUUCAUUAAAUAGUGAAUUGUGGUCUGUACAUUCAUUGAUGUGAGAAAAAUAAAAUUAAAUGUAGAAAACCACACUGCUUUAUAUAUCUCUGUCCUGGACCUGGCCGCCUCUAUCUUAGCUCCCUGUCAGUCAUUGUAAGACGCUCUGCCCUUUUUCUGUGAUGUAAAAAUAACAGUCGUUACACCUGACAGUCAGAGAAUAUCUUCAUGGAGGCAAAGAUAAUCCAUGGCCAGGAGUGAUCAUAGCAAGGGGAGGGGGAGAUACUGAAAUAAUGUUUCUAUUCUCCUCCAAUACAGUGAGUGCCCUGCCCAGGGAAGGCCUGUUAGAUGAGUACAGACGAUGGCUAUUUUUGUGCAAAUUACUCCCAGAUCUCAGUGUGGCCAGUCCUAUUCGCACAAAGCAUGCAAUGUGUGGAUCUGACAGACAGAAGUAGCUGGAGUUGCAAGGUGUCUGCAACCUUCCUGAGUGUGAUUAACCUGUGCAGUUAGGGGACGCAGACUUCAGCUUCCUGUGAUUACAUUGCCAACAUUGAGAAUGUAAUGAGCAUGGCCUUACCUGCGCUCACCUGUAAACAAUUUCAGGGAAAUCCGAUUUACUCAUCAUAGUCUAGUACCGUCACAUGACUAAAGGUUAACACAAGUUCUAUGUGAUUUUACAAUGUUUUAUCCAAAGGUGUAAUAUUAGCAGGAUGUUAUGUUAUUUACUAACUUUAUCAGAGUACUAUCUCAUGUCUUUAUUCUAUGUCUCCUGUUCAGCUGGAGGAGAUGGAGGAGGCGGAAGGUGCUCUGUCUGAAGCCAAUGUUCUCAAUAAUCACAACCCUGAGGUUUGGGGAUACCUUGCACUUAUCUGCUUGAAGGUAGGUAACCAGUGCUCUGAUAUUGAUAGGAGGGCAAAGGAUGGGAAAAUCUGUCUGAAACAAUGAGGCUUUGAUUACGGGUGGAUGCAGCAGGAAACUUGUGCUACCAAAAUACAUUCUUUAUGGCAAACUUUGCAGUGCUGAGGUUUGUAUUCUACAUUUCCCAGAAUGCUUAGCCUUGACAUGUCUAGUAUAGCCAUCAGUACUAUAACUCUGGGCUGAAGAUUUCAGGUACGAGGCUACGAGCUGGGUAUAGUUGUUACCUUCUACCUCAAAACCCACGCAGAAUGUUCUUUAAUCUGUACAGUGACAAGUUAUAAACACCUAUCUCCUCUAGUUGAAGCCAGUUAUGCAAAGCAAAUAAAGAAAUACUUUAUGUCAUUGCUCCAUACUCACACAAGGAAAUAUCACAAGGGAUUGUUGUGAAUAGCUGAGCUGGACAUAUUUUGUCCACUUUGGGUAUUUUUUACUAAAAUGUAAAAUUCCCUAAUUAAUGUUUGAAAAUUCCUAGUUUUGAGAGUGUCUCAUACAGGUAGAUAACCAAUAAACGAUUUUGUACAAAAAGCUUCAUUACUUUAUCGCUGUGUCUCGUGGUUUUAUUCUACAAACAGACCACGGCAUCGGCUUGAAAGGGUAUUUUAAGCUGAAUAUUUAAUCAGUGGAUGUUAUAAGGUUUUUGUUCUUUUUCAUUGGACCCAAACACAGUGAAUAUAUAAAUGUAUAGUGAAAUAUGGAAUCACCAUGUGAAUCUCUGAGAAUAACACUGCAUUUCUAGGAAAAUAUGUACCCAAACGUUUUGCAAUGUGAAUUCUGCAAUUUGAGUGCCAGUGACAAAUAUUUGAUAUACUCAUUCCUCAAACAUGGCUUAAUUAGAUACAUUUUACUUGCUUAACGGGAGUUACGGAGAUUUCCUUGUUGGCUCUCCUUGUGAACCAGAAGCAAUCCCAGUUGUGUUUAUAACCUACAACAUAUUUGCAGUACACUAUUUGUGCACAGUAAUCACUGCACACACUAGACCUUUUCUUAGAGCAGGGGUAAGCAAACUUCCACGCUUCAGAUUUUGUGGACUCCUCCCAUGAUGGUUUGCUAGCAUUAUGGCUGUAAGGGCAUUAUUCUACAACAUCUUCAGUGCCGAAGGUUGCCUAGAUAGUCAUUCGGUGAUUUGAAAGGAGCAAACAUUUGUCCCUAAGAGAAUUGAGUUGUCAAUGGUUUUAAUUCAGUUACAGAUUUUAUUUAUGUGACAGGUCUGGCAGUUUAUGUAAAUUACAUUAACCCGCAAUGUACAGUAGUAUUGUAGGAAUGUCCUAUCAUGCAUGCUAACACAAAGUGCCGUUGAGGUAAGUAUGCUUUUUACUUAUCUCCAUCGCACUAUUCACCCCAGUAAAUUCUUCCUUAGGGAACGAGGAACUGUUCCUGUUGGAGAAGUGGCAGUUCCUCUUUAAAAAUAAAGGAAAUAUUAUGCUUUCUCAUUAAUGUAAUGUCCUCUUAAUCCAUCCGUCCAUCAUGUUGUUUAAACCCUGCUGGGUAUCUAGUGGCCUCGACUGUGUCUGAGCAUGGUGCAUUAUAUCACAUAUCUCGUGGUCCAAUGUGAAUGGGUGUAUAUGGCUCAUGUCUUGCUAUGAUCACUGACACUUGAUGUUUGUUCUAGACCGGGAAACAGCAGGAGGCAGAGCAAUGCUACAAAUACACCUCAAAGGUCAGUACGGGGCCCUGCACUCCCCCUAUCUCUGUAUUGGACUUGCACUCCUCCUGUCUCUGUAUUCACAUCCUCAUGUCCUCUCUUUCCUUACAGCUAAACUUACAGAAUACAUCGCUGCUCGCAGAGAUCCGCCAGUUACAACAGCAGGUCGGCUUUGGAGAUCCAUCUUUCUGACACCAUUCUUCCUGUGUACCAUGGGACAGUGCCAGGACUGUAACAAAUACAUGAUGCAGUAACUGCUACAGAGAUAUUCAAACAGCAGUGUCCACCUUAAAGUGCUUCCACGCUGAAUGUAAUAAACCUUCCACAUGUACAGCUCAGUGCCAGUGUAUGCCAUCAUUCAAUCUGUGGGUUAAUAACCCUAUCCUAACAACCAAAUAUUUGAUCAAUUAGUAGUUAUUUUAUUUACCAUCAGCGGAGCUUUCAACACACAAAUUGUUUGUAACAGAUAUGCCAUGGUCCUACAUUUGAAGAAAUGAAUCGCCAUAUCCACCAUAUUGAGUAAAGGUGUGUCACAUCCACCAUAGCAAUGCACCACACAGGGCUAUCAGAUCCAUUGUGGCAUCCUGGACACAUGUCACAUCUUGAUGGACAGCGUGUGAAAAGUACUGUCUUUCGGUAUGGAGAAUUUAUCCUGGGCAGGAAACAAAUCGACUUCUUAAUCAAGAAACUGACUUCAGUCUAUAGAUUUCCUUCCUGUAGCCUAUAGAAGAUAGAUAUAUAUAUUGAUAUUUCAGGGUAGCAUUUUUCACCAGCAUGAAGUAGUGAUAUGUCCAGGAAAACAUGGCGGAUCUUGCAAAUCCAGUAUGACGUCAUGUGACAGUACAAUAUACGCCAUCUCCAGAUAUUUGGAUGUGUUAAAUAAGCUCCUGUAAGUUAAACUGUGCAUUUAUUACACAAGAACAAUAAAUAAUUAAUUUACUGAUAACAGUUUUAUCUCAUUUUCGCUGUAUUGAGUUUUGAAAGGGUAUUAAUGUGGUGGCCUCACUAGAUGCUAAUUUAAUGAUUAUGCCCUUUCUCAAUGUGCUGAGAUUGUCGCCAAUCAAUAUAAUGAUAACUACUAGUCUGAC